AUGCGCAACGGUCGAGGCGGUCGUACGCGAGGCGCUGUUCCUCGAGGGCGAUGGAAGGAUGAGGAUCCGAUGGAUAUCAUACGGCAGAGUCGUGAUGCUGGACGCGAGACACUUGUUAAGGGCGGCAUCGCGCGCUUGAGUUUCGGCUCUGAGGGACCCGGUGAUGACGAUGACACACUGUGGGUAUGGGACGACCCAGACCUGCUUCCUAAUGGCGCUGUGAUGGUCUCUGCGCGAAAAUCCACUUUUGAUAGUCGAUGGCCAUACACGGGUCGUCGAGGAUGGCGUCCUACUAGCAACAAGGUUGCUGAAGCCGGAUUUCAUUUCACUCCUACGGAGGAGGAAGACGACGCGUGUGCGUGUAUAUACUGUGGCGUCGAACUAAGUGGCUGGGAACGUACAGAUGAUCCGAUUCAUGAGCAUCAAAGAAGACGUCCGAGCUGUCCAUUUUUUCACUGCAUUCUGGCUGAUGCCCUCGCUCCCCCUACAUCCCCCACUCCUGCAAGUACGUCGAAACACGAGAAGGAAGACGAUGACACAUCCGACUACGAUAUCCCACAUCAGCGGAAAAAGCGCACUACAUCACGAGGUGUCAGUGCGACGCAUACAAAAGUGUCGCACGACGAGCAUAUACCAAGUGUCGAGCCAGAGCAUGAUACCAAUGGGCUUGCCCCGUCCGCUUCUCGUCGAUCAGGAUCGGUCGACCAUGCUAACGACGGAAGAAGUAAGACAGAGAUGAACAAACUUGCGCAAGACAUGCAGCAUAAACGUCGGUCUGUGCCAGAAUCAGAAGCUGAGACUGCGUCUGAGGCUGAACCACAGCCUCAGGCGGAGCCCGAGCCAGAAGGCGGACCUAUGCCUGUAUCGGCUGCGUUGCCCCAAGGCACCGCGUCUGUCGGACCAGAAUCGGACGACGAAGCGACCGUGGAGCGCAUGGUGACAUCCUCUGCACCGAGUUCCAUGGGCCUGUCACUUCCUCAUAUACGAGACUAUUUACCGAUUCCCUUCCCACAUCGUCACAGCCAAGUUCCUAUGCCACCACCCGUGACUGAUCCCCGCCAAGUCACAGUAGUAGAGUGGAUCCAGGAGCAACAACGCUACCUUCUGGAUACCAUGCGUGAGCGAACCGAACAACAGCUCACGGCCAUGCGGCAACGAAAUGCAGAGGUGCGGAAAACCUUGGAAAAAAUGUUGCGUUCCUAA